GUUAUGACAAAAGUGCCCCUCCUUCCGUCAGCUCCGUCUUCGGAUAAAAUGCGUAGGAGCAACCAAUGUAAGGUACCGGUACCAAAAAGUUUAGGGACCAACCAAACAGCUCUAGCGGGUUUAAACAUCCUAUGCUGAGUCAACCUGGUGUCGCAUACUUGUGUGUUGAGAAUUGACAAGAGCAAGGGAGGAGCGAAGGAGUAACAUCCUCCCUCUUACUACUUCCUUCAAUAACCUGCCCACAAUGGCUCAAGCUGACGUGAUUCUGCCGUCCCUGGACACCGUCAAGGAAAUCUUAUCGAAACCCACGACAGGACCUAAGAAGCCAAACUUAGUCCCUCUAUACGGUCAAAUAUCUGCCGACUUAAUAACGCCAUCUGCGGCGUAUUUAAAGGUGUCAGAGCACUCAAAGACAGACUUCUCCUUCCUCCUCGAGAGUGCCGCUACGGAACGAGUUGGUCGAUAUAGCUUCAUUGGUGCAGGCCCGCGCAAAAUCCUGAAGACUGGGGAGGGUCAUGGAGAGUCGGUAGAUCCGUUACCCGCGCUCGAGAAGGAGUUGGCACAAAAUGUCGUGGUUGAGAUCCCGGACCUCAGGCUGCCGCCCCUUAUUGGAGGUGCCGUUGGCUACGUAGGCUAUGACUGCGUCCGAUACUUCGAACCUAAGACCGCGCGGCCUAUGAAGGAUGUCCUUCAAAUACCAGAGUCCUUGUUCAUGUUAUUCGAUACUAUAGUGGCCUUUGACAGAUUCUUCGGCGUCAUCAAAGUUAUCACCUACCUUCACAUCCCUGAGAACCUAGAUACACUCGCAGAUGAGUAUAACAAAGCAACUGCGACCAUUCACGAACUCAUUGACGUCCUCAACUCCCCCGAGAUACCCAUACCCGAACAGCAACCCAUUAAGCUCGGCCAGCAGUAUACGUCCAAUAUUGGUCAGGAAGGGUACGAAUCACAUGUGACAGAACUGAAGAAGCACAUCGUUGUUGGCGACAUCAUCCAGGCUGUCCCCUCCCAGCGGUUUGCUCGCCCGACUUCGUUACAUCCGUUCAACAUUUACCGCCACUUGCGAACGGUCAACCCUUCUCCAUACCUCUUCUAUGUCAACUGCCAAGAUUUCCAAAUAGUUGGCGCGUCGCCAGAGCUGCUGGUAAAGGAGGAAGAAGGACGGAUCAUUACCCAUCCUAUUGCCGGCACAGUCAAGCGCGGCAAGACGCCAGAAGAGGACGAGCGGCUUGCCAAUGAACUUCGCAACUCACUUAAGGAUCGCGCCGAACACGUCAUGUUGGUGGAUCUAGCGCGGAAUGACAUCAACCGAGUCUGUGAUCCGCUGACGACGAGGGUUGAUAGACUGAUGGUAGUGGAGAAAUUCAGUCACGUUCAACAUCUUGUUUCCCAGGUAUCAGGUGUACUACGACCAGACCAAACCAGGUUCGAUGCUUUCCGAUCAAUUUUCCCUGCCGGAACGGUAUCGGGUGCCCCAAAGGUCCGAGCAAUGGAACUCAUUGCUGAACUUGAGAAGGAGAAGAGAGGUGUAUAUGCCGGGGCUGUGGGAUACUUCGGGUACGGUAGCGUAGAUUCCAAUGGAAAGGAAAUCGAGGGUGCUAUGGACACUUGCAUUGCCUUACGAACCAUGCUAGUUAAGGAUGGAGUUGCAUAUCUCCAAGCCGGGGGUGGGAUUGUCUUCGACUCAGAUCCGUAUGAGGAAUGGAUAGAGACGAUAAACAAGCUAGGAGCUAACACGCAUUGUAUUACAUCGGCGGAAAAUCUCUACGCAAAAAGACAGCAGAAAUAGAAUAUCCGAUUUGUGCCCUAGUUUGACACAAUCGUAUUCGUCUAGAUCUUGUGGUUACGGUUGAGCGAGGUUCUAAUAUGAAGUCUCUAAGGUCGAUUGAUUGGUCUGGAUUGAGGCGCUUGUGAUAAUCGAUACUCACUCUGCGCGCCGCUUUAUGCCGAGCCAGGAGAAAAGCAAGCUAACCAAGGCUCCAAACAUUCGAAUUUGAACACUGAACCUUUAAGUGGAAGAAGGCAUAUC